UUCCUGAGUCCUGGGGUCAACUGAAGAUGGCGGCCUCCGAAAGGGGUUGGUGCGAGUUCCUAAGGUUUUUUUAUUCAUUAUUCUUUCCUGGGCUACUUGUAUGUGGAACUUUAUGUUUGUGUUUGGUCUUUACGUUUUGGAGCAUCAGAGUCAUGCUACAGAGAAAGAAAAACUCGGCAGCAACUGGCCAAAAAUUGGUGAUUGCCUUUUUCCACCCGUACUGCAAUGCCGGCGGAGGGGGAGAGAGAGUCCUGUGGUGCGCGUUAAGGGCCCUGCAGAAAAAGUAUCCCACAGCAGUUUAUGUCGUUUAUACUGGCGAUGUUAACGUCAGCAGUCAACAAAUACUGGAAGGUGCUUUCAGAAGGUUUAACAUCAGAUUAACGCACCCGGUGACGUUUAUCUUCUUAAGGAAACGCUACCUUGUGGAAGACGCCCUCUACCCUCACUUCACACUGCUGCUCCAAAGUCUAGGAUCCAUUUUGCUCGGCUGGGAGGCGCUGAUGCAGUGUGUUCCCGAUGUUUACAUCGACUCAAUGGGCUACGCUUUCACGCUUCCUCUGUUUAAGUACUUAGGCGGCUGCCGGGUCGGGAGCUAUGUUCACUACCCCACCAUCAGCAGCGACAUGCUUUCUGUAGUGAAGAAGCGAAACGUGGGCUAUAACAACGCAGCCUUCAUCACCAGGAACCCUGUCCUCAGCGCAGGAAAGCUCCUUUACUACUAUUUCUUCGCUCUUAUUUACGGACUGGUCGGCUCCUGCAGUGAUGUAGUCAUGGUCAAUUCUUCCUGGACGCUAAGCCACAUCCUCUCGCUGUGGAAGGUUGGGCAUUGCACGAACGUUGUUUAUCCACCUUGUGACGUGCGGACAUUUCUGGACAUUCCCUUACAGGAGAGAGAUAUGACCGCAGGACAUUUGCUGGUUUCCGUUGGCCAGUUCAGGCCUGAAAAGAAUCAUCCUUUGCAGAUCAGAGCCUUUGCUAAAUUGUUGAAAAAGAAGGAGGCUGAGUCGCUCCCUCCACUUAAACUUGUCCUCAUUGGAGGUUGUCGUAACCAAGAUGAUGAGCGUAGGGUAAACCAACUCAGAAGGCUUUGUGAGGAGCUGGGAGUUCAAGGAGAUGUGGAAUUUAAAAUAAAUAUUCCAUUUGAGGAACUGAAGAAGUAUUUGUCUGAAGGAACAAUCGGUCUGCAUACCAUGUGGAACGAGCAUUUUGGGAUCGGAGUCGUUGAGUGCAUGGCAGCUGGCACCGUCAUCCUGGCGCACAAUUCGGGGGGCCCUAGGCUGGACAUCGUCGUUCCUCACGGGGGGGAGGCGACCGGAUUCCUGGCGGAAAGCGAAGAUGACUACGCGGACACCAUGGCUCGCAUCCUCUCCAUGCCCGAGGAGGAGAGGCUCCACGUCAGGGGCAACGCCCGGGCGUCCGUAGGCAGGUUCUCCGAUCAGGAGUUUGAAGUGACCUUCCUGUCGUCUGUGGAGAAGCUCUUUAAAUGAUGCCAUGUCUGUACAAAGUAGGUAUUUUAUAUAAUGGGUCAAUGCCUUCCUGUGUUAAUAUUUUUCUAAAUUCAUUCCAUCUUCUUAUAACGUCAGCCUAAGCCUGAUGCACUUUACAUAUAUAGGCAAGGUAUUUAUUUCAAGGAAAAAAGGCAAAAUUACCUAAAUGGAAAAGUAACCUUAUAUGUUUAAAUGUAAAAAUUUUAAAUUGGUGCCUGGUCUCAAAAUCUGAAAAAUAGGGGUCUUAAAGGGAAAAAAAAAAAGAAAAAGAAAAAGAACACUGUUAAUUUUGAUAGAAACCAUAUUUUUCAAAUCUCAUUUGUCAAAUCACUUUAGUCACCAGGAAAGAGAAUUUCCUUUUGGACAAAAGGAAAUGUUGAAAGAAAAAUGGGUGACCGAUCACUGAUCAGUACUUUAGGAUGGUUCUGACAUUUUUGAAACAAAAAUUCUGGCACAUCUAAAUUUUAAACAGUAUCGUAGAUGACUUUUUUAGAUGUAUCUAAUGAGCUGUUAAAAGAGAAGACAAACUUUAAGCAAGGCUACUCAUAUUUCAGCUGAAAGAUGAACCGACCGUGAUGGGUCCGCGCGUGUGCGUCGGCAUCUAGAGGCCAAGGCACGGCCGGUAAUCUUUUCCAUAACUAGGCGUUUGUGAAAACGGUUUUUUGUGUAGUGCUCUCGGCACAUUCGAAUGGGCCUUUCCUUGUUCCUGAACGUUUCCCCCGCCCCCGCAGAGGCUGGAAGUCAGCUUUCCGUCUUUCAGGAGUCUGAGCAAGCACGUCCCAGUCGGUGGUUUUUCCAGUAGUGACACUGUAACGUACAGAUCCAAGAGCACAGUCCCUCUGAUCAGCCUCGCGCAUUCCAAGAUGACAACGUGGCCUUCUGAAGAGAGCACUGGGCCAGCAGUUUGACCACCUGGGCAGGACCUUAGCUUUAUCGUUUACAGCCGUCUGAUCUUUUGACAUUAAAGCUGUUCCUUCAUCUUCCUCAGUCUCAUCCAUUACUAUCCAUCUGUAACCGGGACAUGGUAACGUACUGCCUUCUCAAAUAACACGGAAAGUAUGUGGAAGUACUUUGAAAAUUAUGAAAGUUACUGUACCUAAAGGUACCAUAUAGUAAAUGUCUUCUGGAAUCCUGUCUUCAUCAUUGCAUCGGGACCCUAUGCAGAUUCUCGGUUACUAAACCAGUAGCUAGGAAUCUGUAUAAUUAGCAGGACUUCUGUCCUGAAUAACUAGCAUGAAAAAAAUGAACAUAUGCCUGUGCAGUACGGCUAGAGGGAGCCGCGCCUUUUGGCAUUUUCGGCAGUCCUGUUCCGUUCCUCCUAGUUCCGUGGGUGACCCCCUUCCCAGUCUGAUACCGGUUCAUGUUAGGAGCCUGUUACAGAGGCUUUUCUUUUCCAGUCUUCUCUCCAUCCAUCCGCCCAACCGUGCAUCACCCCCAGUCACAUCGUUGGCUUGUCUGCAGGCCGUCUGCUCUCAUCAGAUGAAAAAGCACCACAACCGAGUCCCAGGAUGUGCUGACACAGCAACGUCGCCGCGUGUUGGGGACUAUUCAGUUUAGAAAAGAAAGACUGGUGGGAAUGGGAGCUGGGAGCGCUGCUACAAGUUCUCUAGUCCAGUUUUGUUUUAUUUCCAACUUUACAGGCAGGAAGAAUGCAACGAAUUUAGACUCCUUCAGUAUCACAAAGCUGUUGGAUGACAAAAUCAGGAUUAUAACCUGGGCAUUCUUAUCUCACACCUGCUCUUUGAGGUGGGGUUCAGCCUACCCAUCUACUCAAAGAAAACCAUGGGGCAAAGAUAAAGAAAUUGGAACAGAACAUGAGUAGAGGAUGAAGUAAGGAAGGAAGGAAUCUGAAAUUCCAUUAAAUAUUUUUUAGACUUGUUUCUCCAAAACAAUUUUUUUACAGAUUUUAUUUAUUUGUUUUUAGAGAAAGGUCAAGGGUGGGAGAAAAAGAGGGAAAGAAACAUUGAUGUGUGGUUGCCUCUCGCAUGCCCUUAAAUGUGAACCUGGCCCACAACCCAGGCAGGUGCCCUAACUGGGAAUCGAACCAGCGACCCUUUGGUUUGCAGGCUGGCACUCAAAUCCACUGAGCCACACCAGGCAGGGCCAAAAUAAUUUUUAUUUAUCACUAACAUUGGAAAAUAUGAUUUGCAUAUAUGCUUACUUUGAUGUUCAUUGUGUGAUAUUAUUACUCCCCUCUCCCCCAAUUGAUGAAACCAUGAAAAGUAUCAAAACAAUGUCAGCUGCUGUCUGGAGAAGUUCUAAGUGUCUAUCCCUAUAAGAUGCUGCUUUGGAAACCACAGCAGUAGUGAUUCACAUUCCUGUUUCCAGUUGUGCAUGCUCUUUGUAACCUAUUUGUAUCUAAAUAUGAUUUAGAUAUAAUAGAUGCGAAAUCAUUAUUUGUACCUGAUUUAAAAAAGUGGUUUUCCUUAUCUUGGAUACUUUUCCCAGUAUGGUAUGUUUAUACCCCUCAUGUAGUCUCCCAAUUCUGAAUUAUUUAUUAUCUACUAAUACAUCACGCUUCACAUGCCAAGAAGAUCUGUUCAUUUAAAAAGGGGGGUAAAAAUUUUUUUGAGGCAAAACAAAACCAUCUUGUACCCAAGAAUAGGUUGGCAGAUUUUUUAAAAUAACUUUGUUUUAAAUAAAUAUUUCAGACAUACAAAACAUUUUUGUGAAGCAGACCUUUAUUUUAAUAAUUUUCAGGGUAUUUUACAAAAUCCCAUUAUCAAUUACCCUGUUAAAUUACCCAUAGACGGAAUUAGGCGGUGGGGCCCGGUGAGAUUAUCGGUGCUUUCCGAAUGUGGUAUCUCGUGGCGCAUGAAUGCGCGCAGGCGCCAGACCUGCGAUGCGGAUGAAUAAAUGAGAGCAUGUCUGUGCCAAACCUGUGGGUACAAAAAUUACCGCUGAAGGGGUCGAGAGCAAAGCGCCCCCAAAUGUGCCACCUUGGGCACGUGACUUGCCCUGAGAUGAGGGCAGCUGAGACCGCGCGGGACUCACGAGCAACUUUUUCCUCUCCCUUCCAGAAUGGACACGUGGGGCCUUGCCCGUAUUGAGAGUUAUCCCCAGAAAUGACUGUAUAACCCGCCUUGAAGGGCAGGGCGAACUUCUCAGUACCGAACCCCUGCCCUCCUGUCCCGCAAACGGCCCUCUUUCCGCUGAGGCCCCAGGCCGCCUCCGACACCCGUGGCUCAGAAGGCCACGGCUACCGCCUCCCCCCUUUGUGUCACUGACCUCUCCUGUAUAUGGGGUUCCCCUACAUUUGUAAUUAAAUUUGGUUAUUUUGUUAA